AUGAACAAAUCUGAUAAGAAACAUCAAGAAGAACCGAUCAGCUAUAAAACAACAGCAACUGUUGAUUUAAACGAUUCAAGAAUUUCAAUUGAUGAUGUUUUCAAUGUUUCCAAAACUAGUGUUCCUUCAAAUGACCAACAAACAAUUGGAACUCCAAUUCAUAUUCCUGAUUGCGAACCAACAACAUCGACUGAAGUUCUUUCAGACGAAAAAACAUCUCAAUCAACAGCACAAUUGAAUUUGGAAGAUGUUUUCAACGUCAGUUUUGAUCGAGCAGAAAAAGAUGUUAAUGAUGAAAAAUUGAAACAAAGAAUUUCUGAAUUUGAGAUGAAUAAAUCUCACAAAAAACCUCAAGAUUCAUCAUCAGUUGGAACAAAACAAUCAAAAGCAAAUCUUGAUGAUUCAGCAGUUUCUUUAGAUGAUGUUUUCAAUACAAAUAUAUCAAAGGACCAUGAGGAAAAAACAAAAUCAGAUGAAUCAGAAAAAGGACAAGAAGAUAGAACCCACAAUUUCAAUUUGAUUGGAAAAAGAAAAUCUGUUGCAUUUUCGGAUAUCUCCGAACUCUAUGAUUCUGGAAUUAAAAAAGAUUUGGAUGAUAUUUAUAAUAUCAGUCAAAGAGAAGAUAAUGAGACACCGAAAACCGAAUUCGAAACAAAUAUCACAACAUCGAGUAUAUUUUUGAAUGAUUCAAGACCUUCUUUUAAUCGUGUUGUAAAAGAAGAAAAUGAAGAAACAACAGAAACAAUUGAUGAUUCUGAAACAACGACUUCUACAACAAGACGAAGACAAAUUGAUAUUCCAAAAAGUGAUCAGAAGAAUAAAAAUCUUCAAGUUGUCACAGAAGAUAAGUUCAAUACAUCUUCAACAUCAACAAUUAGUCUCGAUGAUUCUUUUACUCGUCAAAGAUUACCCGAAAUUGAUGUGAAUACACUCGAUUCUAUAUUUUUAUCUCCACCAAUGUCAAAUCCAAGAUCUCGAUUAGUUCAAGAAAAUUCAGUUUCAUCUCCAACAAGAAUAUCACAAGAAAUCAAAUAUGAAUGGAUAGCUGAUAUUUUAUCACCUACAAGUACUGUAGUUUCGAGUGCUUAUAUUGAUUUGGAAGAUAACAAACAGGUACGUGACAUAAUUAUGGGAUUUUUCAGUUAUGAGAAAUUGUUGCCAAAAACUAAUUGUUUUGUUUUCAGGUCGAAACAAAUCCAACUUUAUCAUCUGUCGAUCAAAUUCCUUCAACAUCAUCAUUUGGAACAACUCAAAAUAUAUCUGAAAGUUUUUCUCGAUCAAGAAAUGAACCAUUAUCACCAAGAAGAUAUUCGAACUUUUAUGAAGAACGAAAAUCAAUAAGUGUUCAUCCAGAUCAAGAAGAAGUUGAUGAAAUGUAUGACGAAUAUAAUGAUUUUUACAUAACAUCUGUGAAAAAUCAAGAAGUUGAUAUUGAUGUCAGUCAUUUUGUUGAUGAUAUUCUUGGAAAAUCACUAGACGAAGCUGCAUUUUUGAGUUCAACAAAAAGUUUGGACUUCAAAAAGCACACCGACACAUCGAUUGAUCGAAAAAAGAAAAAGGAAGAAAAAAUGACGCAAGAAGAAAAAGGUCAACAACAAAAACAACAAGAUGACCUUAUUAAUCUAAUAUUCAAUCAGUCAUCACAAUCAGAAACAAUUGUUGAAAAACAAAUUGAAGAAAUCAAAAACGACGAAGAAAUGCUGGAAAUCGAAUCAAAUCAAGAUUAUUUCAUCGUCAAAGGAUCGUAUUCUCUUGUUAUUCCAAAAACUGAUCCACUCGGUCAACUUUUAUCAAAAUUGAGUGAAGAACAUGAAUUAGCAACACUUGAUUUUUCAAUGACUCGAAAAUUAAAAGCAAUGCUUUUCGAAUGUAUCAAAGAACGAGCAACAAAUGAGCAUAGAAAUGAACGUAAGUUGAUUAAUUUUGUGAAUAUUUCAAUAGAAUAUAAAUCGUAUUUAGAUCCAACAAUGUCAAUUCGCGGCCAACAUUUAUUAUCAUCUGUGGAUAAUGCAUCAAAAACAUUUUUGAAAAUGAAUGAUAAUAAGUAUCAUUAUAAAAAGAAUCCGAAAGGAAUCAUCAAUUUUUGCACAGCGGAAAACAAUUUGUGCACUCCUCUUCUCGAAGAACGAUUCAAACAUCUUGAAUUGUUCAUACCAAAUACAGAACAUCUUGUAAGAUAUCCACCAAGUGGAGGUUGGCCCGAAACAAGACAAAUAUUAUGCAAAUAUUUCCAACAAUUUAUGAAUGCUCAAGUUGAACCAAAUGAAUUAGUAUUAACUGCAUCGACAAGAACUGGUUAUGAUGUUAUAAGUCAUUGUUUAUUUGAACCACAUGGUAAGAUAAUAUCGAUUUAUCAGAAAUAAUACAACUAAUUAUUAUUUUCAGAUAUACUUUUGACAAAUGGACCAAUUUAUACUGGAACUAUUUCGAAUCCAAAUGAACGUGCUCAAUGUAUUGUUGAAUGUGUUCCAACAGAUUUAACGAAAAAACCAAAAUUAGAUCUGGCAGAAUUCCAAAAAUAUUAUGAUAAAUUGACGAAGGAAAAAGAUCAAGUAAUCGGUGGUAUUAUAAUUGUCAAUCCACAUAAUCCACUCGGUGUUGUUUUUCCACCCGAAGAAGUUAUUGAAUUAUGCAAUUGGGCAUCGAAAUUAAACUUGAAAGUUGUUAUCGAUGAAGUUUUUGCGAAUUGUGUUUAUGAUAAAGAUUCACGAUUCAAAUCAUAUUUAUCAUAUCGACAUCGAAUUUCUCGACCCGAAAAUGUUACGUAUUUAUGGAGUGUGAGCAAGGUAAGAUAACUUUGUGUACUCACAAUUUUACCAAUUUUUUUCUAAAAAAAAAGGACUUCGGCUUACCUGGUCUCAAAUUUGCUGUUAUUCAUACCAAUGACGAAUCAUUGAAAUUGGCAUCAACAAAAUUGCAAUAUUAUUAUCCAUGUUCGGCAUUGGUCCAAGAUUUUGCAGUCAAACUGUUAUCAGAUUUCGGUAAGUGAAAAAUGACCAAAAAUUAAAACAAAGCCUCGUUUUUUUUCAAGGUCACGUUGAAAAAAUAAUGAUUUUCAUAUUAUUUAUGUUUUCAGAUUGGCUGAAAGGUUUUCAUGCUGAAGUUCAACGACGAAUUCGAAUUCACUACACAUAUACAUCUGAAAAUCUGAAGAACUUGCAAAUUCCCAUUUGUCGUUGCUCAGGCAGGAAUAUUUGUAUUCGCUGAUUUCUCAGCACAAUUGAAAGAACAUUCGGAAAAAGCUGAACUUGAAUUAUGGAAUCGAAUUGCAGAAGAAGUUGGUGUGAUGUUAACACCGGGUGUUCAUCAGAAAUGUGUUAAUUUCGGAUGGUUCCGUUUGGUAUUUGCGUGUACUUCGGAAGAAUUAGAAGAAGGUUUUAGAAGAUUGUAUAAAUUUAUGAAAAUUCGAACGAAACCAUUGGGAGCUAUUGAUUAUUUGCUUUAG